AUUACAUGGUACCUCGGCAAAUCCUCCUUUUGCUCCUCACGACUCGCCGACCACAGCAGCAAUACCAACAUGUAGUUCUGAACCCCGACCGAGCCUGUGCUCCCACCACAGCCUUACCAACAAAGCAAUAUCAAGAGUCGUGCAGCCAUGUCAGAGGUACCAGUGAUCAUCGGCGUGGGCGACGUCAAGAAUCGCGACGUCAACAACGCGAAAGAGCCGGCAACGCUUAUGCUCGAAGCCAUCGAAAUUGCCCUCAAAGAUGCCUCAUCCAACUCUGUCUCAGACUUAAAGUCUGCAAUCGACAGUAUAGACGUCGUAAAGACGUGGACGUGGCCAUACCCUGAUCUUCCUGGCUUGCUGUCUGAAAAGCUCGGUGUGCAAGACAGCGUCAAGUGGAAGCACUACUCCGAGCAUGGCGGCAACCAACCGGGAAAACUCUUCGAUGAAGCCGCGAGACGCAUCGCGAAAAGAAAAAGCAAGGUUGCGGUCAUCACAGGUGGUGAAGCUCUGGCAUCACUAUCUGCAUGUGCAGCGGCCAAGAAGCUGCCACCGCCAGGCUGGACCAAGUCCUCCUCAGCCGUAGACUCUGUCUUCACGCCCACCGGCCGAGACCUAGGAAAUAAUCUCGGCGCGAUCCAUAAGAUCGGCGCUCCCAUUCACGUCUACCCCUUGUACGAGAACGCAUUCCGCGCCCACCGAGGUCAAAGCAUGAAAGCCAACAACGAAGAAAGCGCAAAACUAUACGCGGACUUCAGCGCUAUAGCUUCCACGCACGACUACGCAUGGAGUCAGGGCAAACGUCACGAUGCGCAGACCAUCGGCACAGUCAGCGCGAAGAACCGAAUGAUAUGCACGCCCUACCCCUUACUGAUGAACGCAUUCAACACCGUGAACCUAGCGGGCGCCAUAAUCCUGACCUCCGCAUCCCACGCAAAGCAACUCGGUAUCCCAGAAGCGAAAUGGAUCUAUCCGCUCGGCGGCGCAGGGACAUCCGAUUCCGCUGAGUUCUGGCACCGUCCGAACUACCACAGUUCGCCGUCGAUCGAACGCUCGCUCAAAACCGCUCUGGACGUAUCCGAGACGAAGGCGGCGGAGCUGGAUCUCAUCGAUAUCUACUCGUGCUUCCCGAUUGUGCCCAAGCUGGCCGCUACAGCGCUUGGUGUUCCUGUAGUUGGCGGUCCGAAGCCGCUGACGCUGCUCGGCGGGCUGACGAGUUUUGGCGGCGCAGGAAACAACUAUAGUAUGCAUGCGUUGACUGAGAUGACGCGGCAAUUGCGUUCGGGUAAAGGGAAGAAGGGGCUGGUGUUAUGCAAUGGCGGUGUGUUGAGCUAUCAGCAUGUCCUUGUUCUUGGAACGGAGCCGAGGAGUGCACGAUAUCCGGUUGAGGAUGUAUUGCCAGAGGUACUAAGUGAUGUCGAGGUGCCGGAAUUGGCUGAGCUGGCGCAGGGACAGUGCGUUGUCGAGACAUAUACUGUAGAGUUCAGUCGCGAUGGAAGCCCUUUGCGUGGCCAUAUCGUUGGACGGUUGAGGAGCAAUGGCAAUCGCUUCCUUGCCAAUCAUGGAGAUGAGAGUACGCUACGGCAGAUGGCCGAAGGGGCAGGUGAGAUUGUGGGCAAAUCUGGCUGGGUGUGGCAGGAUGAGAAGAAGAAUGGUAGAGGGCUGUUUGCGUUCGAUAAGCCCGCAAGACUGUAGUAGCCGCCAUGGCCACAACUAUGCCGAAUGAUCCUGAUC